AGCUCGCUGCUGCCCCACGUGUUGGCGACGCAGGUCGACGGCACGUUCGCGACGCUCGUCAUCGCGGAGAACGUCGUCGGCGACGUGCACUCGCUUUUGGAGUCGGACUUCGACGCGGGCGCUUUGGCCUUUUACGGCGCGUGCCUCGCGGAGGCGCUCGAGUACGUCCACGGGGCGAAGAUUUUGGCGAGGAACGUCACGUCCGAGGCCGUGCUUUUACGGGCCGACGGCUACCCGAUCCUGGGAGACCUGUCGCUCGCGAAGCGGCUGUCGCCCAAGGACGACCGCGCGUACACGAUGUGCGGCGACGUGCUCUACUUCGCGCCGGAGGUCAUCGCCGGCGCGGGCUACGCGUACCCGGCCGACUUCUGGGCGCUGGGCGUGCUCUUGUACGAGAUGUACAGCGGCGUCUUCCCCUUCGGGACGCCGGGCCAAUCGGAGUCCGUCGUCUACGCGGCCGUCUCGAAGAUGGAGUACGCGGUGCCC